GAUGGCAGAAUAUGAUCGCGUGUUUGCCAAACAGCUGGUCAAGGAGGUGGAGCGACACCCCAUCUUGUACGAUGCCAACUACCCUGAGUACAAAGACAGAUUCAAAGUGGACCUGGAGUGGGCAGCAGUUGGCUUGGCCAUGAAUCAGACCAGUGAUGUAGUGCGAAAAAAGUGGCAGAAUCUCCGAGGCUCCUACAGCAGAGCAUUGUCAUCCAGAAUCAAGGCAGGUCCCAACUGUUCUCACAAAAAGCGUGCAGUGUUCUAUCUUGAAAAGGAGAUGGACUUUCUGCGGGACCAUAUGUCACAGGGUACAAUGAUAGAGGGCAGCAGUAUGCUUGAGCCAGACGACAACUGCGACAGUAAGGAGGUGGUUAGUGGUGAUGUUCUAAGCUUUGGAGGGGAAGAAGACAUCGAAUCAGAGUCGGAGGAAGAGUUAGUGUCACACUAUGUCCCUCCAAAAAAGAAAAAGAGGAAUUUGUGUGCAGUGAAGGAAUCUUCCAGGGCAGUUAAUUUCACAUAUGGGGAGAGGAGAAAAGAGAGAUCGGACACUGACUUGGACUUUUUCAAAGGACUCCUGCCCCAGGUGAAAGAACUCAGCAAAGUCUACAAACGUGACUUUUUCUACAAAGUAUACAACAUUUUGUACGAGACCUUAUGCCAACAAGAUGCUGAUGUUGCCAUCAGUGAGGUCACUGACCACAAGGUGUGAUGGCUUUCAUAUUAAUUGUGACCUCUUGUUGUGAUGGUUGAUGUAGUGAAUGUGAUCUUGCUGACUACGAGAGGCAAUGAUUGAUGUAGGAAUGUGACACUUGCUGAUGGCAAGAUGACAGGAUUAAUUAUUCUAAAUAGGACUCACCAUUUAAAUUUAACAUACAUUUUAUAGAUUAGUUCAACAAACUUCUAUUCAUUUAGGGUGUACGGCUGUAACCCACCCAUACACGAGGUUUGAGACAUACAUAAACGAUAUUUCUCUAAAUAGUGUACAGGUGUGAAACACCCAGUCACUUGGAAUAAGACAUGAAAUAUAUCAUUAGGGAAAGGAUUAAUGUAGUGAAUAAGAUGACAGUUGCUGCACACUGCAUGUAAUGGUUGAUGUACAGAUGUAAUGCUGACUACAAGUACAAGAUGUAGUGGUUGAUGGAGUAAAUACACAACACUUACUGUCUGGAUGAUGUGUACUGUAAUGGCUGAUGAGGUGAAUGGGUUCAUCAUGUAGCCAUGUAUCUGUUAUUUUAUUUUAAAAGAGGUCAAUGUCGAUCAGGUGAUUAUGUUUGUGUGGUAUUUUAGUCUUAGACUAUUGGGUAAUAAUUAUAAAUUAUAAUACAGUAAAACCUUGUUGUACCGUCCCCCGUAAUACCGCCAGUCCUGUUGACCACCAGGUUUUGCCCCUGUAUGAAAAGGAGCGCCUGUAUAGCAUAAACCUAGUAUUUGCAUCUUCACACCGCCAACUGUCUGAGUUGUACAGUCCUUAUUUAACUAAAUGUAAUGUCAGCUAACAGACAGCCAAAGGUACACACUGCAUACGGUGCACAGCUCCACCUGGCUGGCUACUCGAUAUGCUUUCUCCCACGAGAAAGUCAUAGAGCUAGAGAAAUAAAAGACUCCCGGUUCUGAAUACAUGUGCACUAUGUACACGAUACAUCAUGUAUCAGCCACCAACAAAAAAAAACCACUUUUCAAACUCAUAUUGUGCAACAGAGUCAUGUUCCUUGACGUUGGACAGUCGGGGCUAUACAACAGAGGAACCCCAUUGAACUGCCAGCCCCUCUAUUCUGCCAACUUCAUGCUCGUCCCAAGGUUGGCGGUACAUGUACAUGUAUAAUGAGGUUUGACUGUAUGCAUUGGCGUUGUCACAAGAAAAAUGAGCCACUCACAAAUGUUAUGCUCACCUUAUUGAACAGUGUCAAACGAAAACAUAUUAAUAUGAGUCAUGAAUUGUUCAUGAGGCUUAUAAAAUGUCUGUUCUGUCAUCGGUGUGAUGAGAUGAACAGUUUUCUCUUCUUCUUGGUUUGGGGAUACAUGAAGCUGUACAGAAAUCAAUCUGAAAGAAGAAUUGCCCUGCUGUUGUAUGUAUUGACCUGGUUACAAUAGUUUCCAGGUCUGUUUUAUGCUUUUUUUAAAUAAAAGAGUCAAAUCAUUGAAAAA